UAUACAGGAAUACUGAUUCCUCAGUCCCUCACAGUCUUUGUAUACAUGCACAGUGAAGCAAACGAGUGAAUUUAUUAGCUAGUUACUCACUCAUUCACACACAUCAAACUACAACUUGUAAGUGUUCUGUCUACACUACAAUCAAUACCAAAGUUACGUUCAUAUAAAUUUAUUUUUACAAAUCCUUUGUAAUGUACAUGUAGUAUACCUUUUAGGUAAAUUUAAUGUACAUUGAACAACUUUGGAAAUAUCGGUGCUAAGUACUGGAAAUGGCGCCGUAUGAAUUACAUGGAUAUACUCUGGGCGAAAGACAUAAAAACUAUAAUGCACACUUCAGAAAGCUUAUUGAUGGAAACUGUGGUCUUCCACUUGAAAAAAUCAACAACGAUGACACCGACAUCAACAAUUUUCUUAAAAUAGACCUUGCUUGUCAUAAUAGAAAUGUAAACUAUGUCCUUGAUAUUUAUAAAUACGAAGAUACGCUAUAUGUGUCUAGAGCGAUAAAGCGAAGCACUUGGUUAAUCAAAGACAAUCAAUAUGAAAACAUCAUUAAUCCCGACUACUUGCACACGCAACUAUUUCCGCAUAUGACGUCUAAAGCGAAAUGUAAAUUAUUAUUGUCUAUCAGACUUAACUUAAGAGGAGAAAGUAGAGUAGAGACUUUUUUUAAUUACAUUAAAAAAGACAGUAUAAAUAAUGCUCUAAAAUGGUUGCCGCACUGUUCUGCGCCUUUUAUAGAAAAAGUGGUCGAAGAACACCGUGACGCCAUUAACAUCCCAUUGCUUACACGUCUUUGUAAAAAAAAUUGUAGAGUUCUAGAAAUAAGGAUGUCCAAAACCAAUUGGCAAGUAAAUCCAGAAAUGCUCUUGAGAGCCACAAAAUUUCUCAUACAUACUCAUCCUGAAAUAUAUAUGAAAAGCGUACUAUCUACAACAUCAUAUUACAUUCCUCGAUUUGGAGCGAGGGCUACCAAAUCAGCGAUGAAAUUAUGCCCUGACAAAAUAUUGGGCUCAUUUGACAUAAUAUGUCAAUAUAUUCAUCUCCCAACAUUCGUAAAAAAUUACAAACAUGAAGAUUUAAAAGACUUUCUUUUAUCCAUAACUGAACAUAAAAACCUUAAAUACUGGAUAAAUUCCUCAAUACCAAUUUUUAAAAAGUAUAUGCCUAAAGAACACAGGGUACAAAUAGUGCAAGCUCUAACCGAUACACCGCCAAAACGAGCUAUUAUAGAAAACACUACGGGAUGUGAUAUAGAUGAGCUUUUAUCAAAAUGUGCUGUAGCAAGUAAUACAAACUUACCGGGCUCAGUAACAAGUUUUGGAGAUGACUGGUACAACUUACUACCCUUUGAAAUCGCUUUUCCAAAAAUUAUACCAAUCAUACGCACUGAAUCAUUAGGCCGUUAUCGGAAUAAAUUACUAAAGAUAUUACUUUGCACCGCGGGAAAUAACUCGGAACAUAUACACUCAGUAUUACAAUUCUAUCGCAAUAAACAUAUAAAUGAACCAUUUAUAUGCAAAAUUGAAUUUAUAAACAACGUGCUUUCUCAGACUUAUACUCAUCGAUUUGAUAAAAAAACCUGGAAUAUUCUGAACGAACUAUUUUGCAGUAUAGAACUAUAUGAUGAUGAUGCAGAAAAAACCCUCCAGAAUUGUGUUAAUUGCGUUUUAAUUUACAAUGUUCUUCACGGCAUCAAGGUACCUGAAGCCAUUGAAAAAAAAAUUAAAACUGAUUCAUUUAAAUAUUACCGAAGUAAGUUGAAUCAAUUGGAAAAGGAUAAAAUUUUUAAUUAUUUAUAUAAUCAUCUUUUGUCAAAACUGCAAAGUCAAAAAGUGACCAACGAAGUUAAUCUUACUACUGCCGUUAAAAUAUUAGAGUCAUUAUUCAAAUUAUUAGACGACUGGGGUAAACAAUUGUGCAAUUAUACAAUAUUGUUAGAAAAAUUUAAGGAAUUUGUAAAAAUAAAUAAAGCAAACUCAUGGAAUUAUGAUCUCUCAAACUUAUACGUUAUAAAUAAGUCAUGUAGACGAUAUAUGUUUGAAGAGUCUUUAAUUUUAUGUCCUUCAGAUAAUCUAUGUAUGUACGCACUUAAACAUGAUCCAGAUUUUCUGAAACAACACAGAGAGGAAAUCAUGGCAUUAAUAUUUGAAGACAAUAGUAAUAAGCUAAACCACUUGAAGCAUACGCUGGAGAAGUUACGUACGUACUGGCCACUGUCAAUGGCACCAGAAUGGGCCGAUGAAUAUCAGAGGCGACUCGACACCCCCUCGGCACAUAAAGGUGUAAAAGGAUUAUGUGUUCUUUUAUCAUCGGAUAAUCUUGUGGACAUUUUUAAAAGAUACGCACCAAUUGAAUGUAAAAUUGAUAUAAACGAAACUAUUGCUCCAAUUGUAAGUUUACAUAAACAAAUCGCCAUGAAUAUGUAUGUAGCUAGGCCACUUAUUUCACUUAAUACAGUUCUCUGGUACUCUGCAGGGGAUUACUUUAAGUAUGCUAGAUCGUCUCUUGAUGCAAUUAUGUAUAACACUAGUCCAAUCAAAAAUAAAAAGUACAUUUCGAUAUUGUUACAAAAUAAUCGAAUAUCCGUACAAAAAUAUAUUGUCAAGUUUGCAGGAGAUCAAUUGACUAGCGAAGCUAUACCUCUAAUCUACAAUAUGUGGAAAUCGACUAAUAACAUAUCGCUUCGUAAUAUUAUAUUUACAAAAGUAUAUAGUAUAUUGAUGAAGACCAAGCACAUAGAAGUAUGGGAAGUCUUAAGUAAUUUUAUUGAUGACUUAUUAAAAUCGAAUACUGGCAGUUCCACUAUCAGCAAUAUCUUACAAAACGCUAACAAGGUACCUACUGACAUAAGAGUCUGUUUUUAUGUUAAGAGCUUUAUAUAUUUGUCAUCGUUGCCUUUUGAUCCCAUGUGCACUAGGGCUUUAGAAUCGUUGAAGUCUCAAAUCAAUCAAAUCGUAUCUCUGCAUUUACUAUGUGCCAAGAAUGAAAAAUCACAAAUGGAAUCAUUUGAAAAAGUUCUAAUUCCUUAUAUAGAAAAAUGCAAUAUAAAUGAUUUUACCAACUGCAUGAUAGGCGGUAUCCAUAAGUACAUAGGAAAUAUUAAAACUGUACCAGUAAAACUGUUUGAAGCUAUACAGAUUAAACUGAAUAAUACAUUGCCGACAGACAAAAACUACAUCGUACUAACCAAAUGGAACUUAACGACUGCAUUUUUAAAAUCCUUAGCUAGCUACGCGAAAUCUGCUGAGCUUGAUGAUACGCCAGAAAAGAGAGUUUCAGCCCUAUUAAUCGAUACAGUUGAUGCUUUUGAAACAAACGCUAAAUGGAAAAAAAUAUGCGUAAUCAUGACACCUCUCUUCAAAGAUAUAUGUGUACAAUAUUUAGAACAAGAAGUACAAAUACAUUCACCUAGUAUCUACACCGUAUUUUCGACGGCUCUAACCGAUACAAUAGAAACACUACAAUUUGAAGACCGACAAUCAUUAAUAAAAAGUUUAUUAGCAGACUACAAUCGUAUUAUGUAUUUGGUAGUGCUGAAUAUGCUACCUAAAGAUUACGAUGAAACUAAGGAAAACGCUGAAAUACGUGAAAUACUUUUAUCUCAGUCGCCUCCGGAAGUGAAAAUGUACUAUUUUGAAAAAUUUAAUCAACCAGUAUAAUAACUUUAAUAUUUAUUCUCUAUUAUAAGUAACAAUGUAGGAAAAUCAUAAUAAUAAUAUUCAUAAUUCUAGUGAAUUCACUACACAGGUGCAAACCGUAUUUAAUAGUGAUCAGAAAAAUAUAUAAUAGGGAUAACUAAUAGUUUGCCAUGAUAUAUUAAAAUUUUAUACGCAAGCUAAACAUGAAUAUAAUGCAGUGCAUGACAAUGCCGUCAUGAACUGCAUUAAGUUUACCGUCGACGUCAAUAAAAAGGCUCUCAUACAACUGCAUUUGUUGUUCUAUUUAUAUUGUGAGAUUAAAAUUGUACGUGUAUUAUUUGUAUAAAAACAAACAAGCGCACAUCACAAAAAAAAAAUUAUAUACCUAUUUUAUUAUAAUAGGUACCUAUAAAAAAAUGUGUCUUAUCAUAGGCCUAAUCCGUAUUGUUCCCAUGUAUAAAUUUAAUAUUAGAAAUUAAAUUUAAUGUUACUAAACUAUUGUUCUAGUAGUUGAAACACUACUAGAACAAUAAAUUUAUACACUGGAACAAUUACUGAUUUUUUUAUAAAACUCUUCCUGUAUAAUAGAAACAUGUGUAAAUAGUGAAGAAAUUGCGCUUUGUUACGUAGUCGUUUAUUUAUAUAAUUAAUUCUUUUGUUAUAUUCAUUUGUAGUACUAAUUUUAAUAAAA